UCCGCCCCUCUCCCUUUUUCCUUUGCGCCCGCUGCAGGUGCGGCGGGCCUGGCCGGGAGCAGGGCAGGCCGCAGCCAUGCUGCCCUCCUUUACUUACGUGACGGAGCACACCGGCUUCCGCGGCACCAUCAAAAACUCUCCGAGGGACUUCCUAGUGACAGAGCUCGAGGUGCCCGAACUCUUCCUCAGGGACACCCGGCCUGAAUUGCUCCAGAAGAGCAGCGAAGCGCCGCCGGCACAGGGCAGCCCGUGCCCGCGGGAGCCCAAAAAGCGGAGGACGGAGUCCCCCGGCCCGGGUGCCCCCGAGUGCCCCCAGGAUGCUGCGCCCGGACCCCCGGGGCGCGGCCCAAGCCCGGCGGCAGGCGCAUCCCCCAGCAGAAGUGAGCGUGAGGGAGACCCCGAGCUGCAGUCCGGUCUCGGGGAGGCCCCUGUGCUGGAGUCCUUACUCGGCAAGCCCGUGAGCGAACUGCUUAGCAAAUUUGCUUGUGAUCUGAAGGAUACGUGGGGCUUGGAAAAAAACACUGAUGCUGGCACUAGGGAGUUCUCGCUAGGACCCAGGUUGGACAAGAAAAUUCGAGCGGAUUUACACGGUGCUGUUAGGCAGAAAUUCCCGUUUCUAGUCACUGUUACAAAAGACAAAGAAAUUAUUGUAAAAGAAAAUCCUGAUUACAGAGAACUUUGUCAGUUAGUGACUGAAAAGGAAACAAGUGAUUUCUUUAAAUUUUUAGAUGCAAAAAUAGAAAAUUCUACAUUUUCCUUUGAGCCUGAUGGAAACAAAGAGCACAGAAAAAUAGUUCACCACUUUAUCAACAGAAAGUUUGGAAAGCUUUUAGAAACAAAAUCUUUUACUGUGACAGAUGCCAAUGAUCAGCCAAAUAUGUCAAUAAUGGUACGGUUUCGAGAAAAAAAUUGGUCCAGAAAAAGGUCUGCUGGUGGUUUUCAGGAGAAGCAAGAUGUUUAUACAGCUUUCACCCUUCAGAAAGAAAACCUAGAAACACUAGAAGCAAUCAGCUUGUUGGCAGCUGAACUUGAUGUUCUUCCUUCAGACUUCAGUUACACUGGCAUCAAAGAUAAGAAGGCUAUCACUUUGCAGCCUAUGGUUGUGAAGAAGGUGACUCCUGAGAGCUUGAAGGAAAUUGGAAACAAAAUGGAAAAAAGGGGUAUGAAAAUAUACAACAUCCGUCCAGCAUGCCAGCACCUCAGACUUGGUCAGCUGAAGGGCAAUCACUUUGACAUAGUUGUGAGAGAUCUCCAACACCACAGUCAUGACUCUUCUGCAGAUCUGAAGGAGAGAAUAUCUGAAGCAAUGGAAAGUGUUGAGAUAAAAGGUUUUGUGAAUUACUAUGGACCUCAGCGAUUUGGGCAAGGACAAAUUGUUCAGACAGAUCAAAUAGGACUGGCUUUACUGAAUGAAAAAAUGGUGGAAGCUGUGAAGUUAUUUUUCACACCCGAAGAUACUGAUGAUCCUGUAAACAAUGCAAAAAGAUACUUUCUUCAAACUGAAGAUGCAAAGGGCACGCUUGUGAUGCUGCCAGAAUUUAAAGUAAGAGAGAAGAUGUUGCUACGAGCUUUAAAUCGCUACGGUGUAAAUCAGGAAGGUUGUACCAAAGGAUGGCUCAACAUUCCUCACUCGUUGCGCAUAUUCUAUGUCCAUGCUUAUUGCAGUAAAAUUUGGAAUGAAGCGGCAUCAUAUAGGCUGAAGACUUACGGCUCAAAAGUGGUUGAGGGUGAUCUUGUCUUCUUGGAAGAAAAUGAUGAAAGUAUUUCCCUGAAUGACAAGGUUGGUGUUUUUUUCUUCUUGAAUGUCUUGUCAGGUUCAUGUAGUCACUGCUUCAGAAGAAUCAGCUAACAAAUACUCUAUAUACCAAGUGGUUCUUCCAAUGGUGGGACAUAGUAUCAAGUACCCCAGUAAUAAAGUUGGACAAUGGUACCAUGAAAGGCUUUCUAAGGAUGAG